AUGGGCUCAACCGGCGAACAAGAAUUCACCGUUCCGAAUCCCUUCCGAACUCGCAUUCUCAACAAUCAAGUCACUCCAAUCGUGACGAUCAAAUAUGCCAUCGGCAACGAAGUCGCCAUGAUGGUCAAAAUGGCCGGCUUCCAUGGAAUCUUCAUCGACAUGGAGCACUCAGCAUUCAGUCUUCGCGAGGUUUCGCAGCUCAUUCUGGCCUGCAACUAUGUCGGCGUCUCGCCCGUGGUCCGAUCUCCCUCCAAGUCACACUGGCACAUCAGCCGUAUUCUCGACGCCGGAGCGGCAGCAGUCGUGAUCCCCCACAUCGAGUCCGUUCAAGAAGUUCGGGACAUCGUUCAUCACGCAAAGUAUGCGCCUAUUGGCGCCCGAGGCUGUACAAACAACCAGCCUGCCUUCAACUUCCAACAUGUCUCCACAUUGAAGCAGAAUGAAGCGUUGAACUCGCAGACAAUGCUCAUUCCAAUGAUUGAGACCCCUGGUGCCGUGGAUCUGGCAGAGGAGAUCUUUGCGAUUGACGGUGUCGAUGGAGUUUUGAUUGGCUCGAAUGAUCUUACCACAGAUCUAGGUAUCCCAGGCAAGUAUGAUGAUGCUCUGUAUCUGGACUCUGUCACCAAGAUCAUCAAUGCCGGAAAGAAGUACGGCAAGCCUAUUGGAGUCGGCGGUAUUGGCGGUCGCCUAGACCUUCUGGAGCGAUGGUUCUCCUUGGGCGCUACUUGGUCUUUGAGUGGUCAGGAUGGAGCAAUAUUGCAAAAGUCGUUCAAGCAGAUUGUUCAAAACUACGAGGAGAUUAACCAAAGGGUACAGAAGCAGAAGGUAUAG